AUGUACAAAUAGUAAGUGACUGCUUGGGUGAAUGCGAUAGUGGUCGACAUUUGUUGUGAUUUCAUUGUUCUGUAUUUCGAACCAUCAUGUUUUGCAAUGAACUGCUUUUUCGAUUCUGCACAGUUUCAGCUCCCGUGCCUUGCGUUGGAUGCAGACCAUGACCUUCGCAAUAAGAGAGAUAAAUAAGCGCAAGGACCUUCUGCCGCAGCUCAAGCUGGGUUUCCACAUCCGUGACAGCUGUGAUGACAUACCUGUCUCUCUCAGAGCGUCUCUGCUGCUGGUGAAUGGCCAGCCAGAGAGAAACUCUGCAGCUGAGGAUGAGAUUGAAACUGAAGUGACAGAGAGACAGGGUACCUUUGAUUCAGACUGUUCUGCUGUACAGAGGACUGUAUCCUCGGUUAUUAUUGGUGAUGCCGCCUCUGGAGUGUCUAUGGCGCUGCUAAGAACCCUGGGUUCUUUUCAGAUCCCUCUGGUGAGAUUGUCUGACUUGCUUGAACAUUUUUAUUGAGAUCAAAUUGAGGAAAUUCACUGUUUCUUUUUAGCUGUAAUUUGGGAGACACUGCUAUCGAGAACGAGAGACAAAAUGAGGUUUGCAGAUGUUCUUGAAUCCUCACAAAUGUGUUUAUGUUUAACUUAGUAAAAAAUAUCUUGCAUUCCUUUAAUCUUGGUUAGGCUGCAGGACCAUAAACCUCCUGAAUAUACACCUUGGAUCCUGUUCAGAUGGCGCUUUUGUUUGGUGAAAUGUGAUGCUUGAAUUCAGCCUUUCAUAGUGUGCUGAAAACUAUUGUUUGCUUUAACCAGGUGAGCUACUUUGCAUCCUGCAGCUGCCUGAGUAAUCAAAAGGAGUUCCCCACAUUCAUGCGCACAAUGCCGAGUGACGCCUUCCAGAUCAAAGCGCUGGCCCGGCUGGUGAGCUAUUUUGGCUGGACGUGGGUGGGAGUCAUUGGUGUGGAGUCUGAUUACGCUCGCUUUGCCAUCGAACUCUUUCUGCAGGAGUCGGUGCAGUACGGUGUGUGUGCUGCCUACACUCACUUUUACCCUGUAACCCUGAGUCCACAGGCCCUAGAUGAGCUUCUGGAUGUAAUUCAGGUAAUCAUUACAGGUGGAGGAAAUUACAUGAUGCUGAAACGUGGCAGCAAUUUGUGUUUUUUUUCUGCAGAAGUAAUAUCAUCACUGUGCACAAAUUACCUCUCUGCAAAUGAGGCUUUUUUAAACAUGUAUCACACAAUAAUGUGUCAAAGUAUCGCCGUAUUUGCAAUAACAGGAGCGUGUCGUGAAUCAUAUUCCAUGUCAAACACACCAUCACUUAAUUGAAGCUCUUGAAGCUGUUAAAGGUUCAUUAAAUAUUAACUAUUCCCCCGUUUUCACUGUUCAGAUGGCAUCCUCAAAAGUAAUCAUCAACUUCGCUGGUGAGUCGCAGCUGCAGGGUAUCCUGGCAGAGGUUCAACGCCGGAAUAUAACCGGUCUGCAGUGGAUCGCCAGCGAGGCUUGGGCCACUGCCAGAUCACUCUGGGUAAAGUUUGGAGACCUCCUGGCUGGAACUUUGGGGUUUGCCAUCCGGAGAGCUGAUGUGAUUCCAGGCCUGAAAGAACACCUGAUCAGACUCAGACCAGCGCACAUUCAUAAAUCAGCUUUUUUAGCAGAGUUUUGGGAAGAGCUGUUUAACUGCAGACUAAACGGGUCGGUAAACAGUCACUCUCAUGGGGGAGACAACUACUUUGACAGGCUGCUAUGUAAAGGAACGGAGGAUCUGAUGAAUGUUUACUCUCCUUAUUCUGAUGUGACACAGUUAAGAGUGUCCUAUAAUGUGUAUAAGGCGGUGUAUCUGGUGGCCCACGCAUUGCAUGACAUGAGUAACUGCAAAGUUGGAGUGGGGCCUUUUCUUAAUGGCUCCUGUGCAGACCCAAAGAACUUUAAACCAUGGCAGGUGAGACUCCUAAUAGUUUAAAAACUGCUUUAAAUGAAUAAAUAAAUGAAUGCAUUAUGAGUUCAGAGCCAUGUUUUCUCUCCUCCAUCAGCUAAUCCACUACAUGAAGCGUGCUAAUUUUUCUGCACUGGGAGAGCAAAUCAACUUUGAUGAAAACGGAGACCCCAUAGCUUAUUAUGAUCUCAUAAACUGGCAAAAGAAUCCAGACGGCUCACUUCAUUUGGUGAAAGUAGGUUUCUAUGACGCCUCCUCGCCUGCUGGACGCAGUCUGGUCAUUAAUGACUCGGUCAUCCAGUGGCCUGUGGGGAAGCAGGUGUGUUCUCUGCAAAUAGGCUUGAGGCCAUGUUCACCUCUGAGAUUGUUGUAUGUACUUUUGAUCAACACAUCGGUGAAUUUGAUUUUAUCACUGUGCAAUAUGAUUCACUGUUAAAAGGCAGACAUAAGUAAACAUCGACAAAUGUAUGACAAUUAAGAUGAGAUAAGAUAUUUCCACUACUGACUAAAACCAUAAAACCAUAUAUUCUUCUGAAUUUAAGCACUUCAAAAUCACCUUUUCAUGCUUCCUCUGAGCUAUUCUUGAAAUGCAAGUUAGAUGACAUCAGAAUUAAACUGCAUUUACUCAAGAUAAAAAACUUUUUUUUUAGGAAUGAGACAAGUUUAAUGAAAAAUAAACCUAGAAAUGUCUUGUUUAUUUUGCAUCAGCAUGUAAGGUUUUGCAGUAUUUCAGAUGGAGACUUGCUGGAUAUUGCAAACUUAAGUUAUGGUUUCUUAAGACAUAAAUAGAUAUAGAUGUUUAAAAUACUGGAUAAUUACUCUUGAAGUACAAUUAAUGUAUUUUUUUUUAAAGUACAGAUUUUCACUUUUCAUGAGUUUUCUUAUUUCCAACUCCAUUAUCUCACUAAUGCAGAAAAAGUGGGAUUAUUUUCUCAAGUAAAUGCCAUAUUUUUCCAUAGAUUACAUUUUACAAAUCUAGCAAUUGAGGUAUUAACAUAAUAAGGCAGUAGCAGCAUGAAAUGAUAUUGUUAUCACGUGACAAGUUUUGUUCUUUUGAUAUAAAAAGAUGAAAAGGUCUUGAUAAUAAAUAAUCCAGCUUUUUAAAAUUCCAUGAUAACAGAAAAAAUCAAGAUCACAUGAGAAAAACUGAAGUUAACUUGUUAUCACAGGAAUACUGAGUUAAUAAAGUGUACGGACGCGCUUUCCUGAAUUUGGUUUGCACAUUGUGAUUACAUAAACUAAAAGAAAGGUGGUAGAGAUCAGUAUUGUUUCAGAAAGCCCGGAUAUGACUGAAUCCAGCGUCUCUUUGAGUGGCUGAACUUUGCCUCUCAGGCUCCCCGGGCUGUAUGCAGUGACAGCUGUCCUCCAGGCUUCCGUAUCGCCAGGAGGAAGGGGGAACCUGUUUGCUGUUUCGACUGUGUUCCUUGUGCUGAGGGAGAAAUCAGUAACAUGACAGGUGUGUUGAGUCAUAUCCUCAAAAUAUAAAGUGAACAGCUUGUAUCUUAAUCUGGCGUCUAUUUGCUAAAAGCUUUUUCUGUCUAUCACCAGAUUCACUAGAGUGCUCACGUUGCUCAGAGGACUCAUGGCCCAACGACGCCAGAGAGCACUGCAUCCCAAAAACAAUUGAGUUCCUGUCUUACUACGAGUUGAUGGGGAUUGUGUUGUGUGUAAUUUCAGUCCUAGGGGCUUGCACUUCCCUUUCAGUCUUGGCCAUAUUCAUCACACACAGAGACACACCACUGGUUAGAGCCAACAACAUGGAGUUGAGCUUCCUUCUCCUGCUGUUUCUUGCUGUCUGUUUUCUGGUUGGCCUUCUGUUCAUUGGUGAGCCCUCAGACUGGCUCUGCCGCGUCAGAUACCCAGCAUUUGGAAUCAGUUUUGCCCUCUGCAUUUCCUGCCUACUGGCCAAGACAACAGUGGUCCUAAUGGCUUUUAGGUCCACAUUGCCAGGAAGUAAUGUCAUGAAGUGGUUUGGACCAGACCAGCAGAGAGCCAGUGUGCUUUUAGGAACAUUCAUCCAGGUAGAAUCCUUUUCCAUCCAUCUGUGCUCAUGUUUUCUCAACUGUGAGAUUAAUAAAGUGAAAUUCUGUUUCCCCCCUCUCAAAGGUAAUAAUCUGUGUCAUCUGGCUGCUCACUGAUCCUCCUCAUGCCAACAACAACACAAAUUACCACAGUGCCACAGUCAUCUUUGAGUGUGCUGCUGGCUCAGUCGUCGGUUUUUGGUGCGUUCUCGGAUACAUCGGUUUCCUGGCUUGCAUGUGUUUCCUAAUGGCUUUUUUGGCUCGAAAGCUGCCUGAUAAUUUCAACGAGGCGAAGCUCAUCACCUUCAGCAUGCUGAUAUUCUUUGCUGUGUGGAUAACUUUCAUCCCUGUUUAUGUGAGCACAGCAGGGAAAUACACAGUAGCUGUUCACAUUUUUGCCAUUUUAGCCUCAGCUUUCGCUCUCCUUUUUUGUAUCUUUGCUCCAAAGUGCUACAUCAUUAUUCUGAGACCAGAAAAAAACUGUAAGAAAAACAUGAUGCAGAGAUAA